GGGCGGGGCGCGGCGCGGCGGGCGGGAGAGAGGGAAGCGCUUUGUUCCGCGGUGGGUACUCGCGCCUGCAGACGCGCGGCAGAGGCGCAGGGCCCGGGGGUGGCCCGCGCCGCGGGAACCUGCGCCGGGUGAGCGCGCGGGGGCGGGACCGCAGCAGCCGGAGCGCCCGGGUCCGGCCAGGCGCCGAGCAGAGGCAGCGAGGGCGAGAACUCGUGCGCCCGCCGCAGCCCCGGGCCCCGCCUGAUCCGGCGCCGAGCGGAGGUAGCCGAGGCCCCGGCGGGGACGCUGGGAGCCGGGUGCACACAGGCAGACGGGAUGCGGGGACAGCUGGGGAGCGGGCAGAGGGAAAAGGAAAGCGAAAGCCUCCCGCUGGGCUGGUGACCGGGUGAAAGCGCCGCGCCGCCCUCCCGACGCCUGCGGUCCCCGGGCCUGGCCCCCCCGGGCCUGUGUGGCCGAGCCCGGCGCGCCGCAGACAUGGCCAUCGCGCACCUGGCCACGGAGUACGUGUUCUCGGACUUCUUGCUGAAGGAGCCCGCAGAACCCAAGUUCAAGGGGCUGCGGCUGGAGCUGGCCGUGGACAAGAUGGUCACAUGCAUCGCCGUGGGGUUGCCUCUGUUGCUCAUCUCGCUGGCCUUCGCGCAGGAGAUCUCGAUCGGUACACAAAUAAGCUGUUUCUCCCCAAGUUCUUUCUCCUGGCGUCAGGCUGCCUUCGUGGAUUCUUACUGCUGGGCUGCCGUUCAGCAGAAGGACUCCCUGCAAAGUGAUUCUGGAAACCUGCCAUUGUGGCUGCAUAAGUUUUUCCCUUACAUCCUGUUACUAUUCGCAAUCCUUUUGUACCUGCCCCACCUGUUUUGGCGUUUUGCAGCUGCUCCUCAUCUUUGCUCAGACUUGAAGUUUAUCAUGGAAGAACUUGACAAAGUUUACAACCGUGCAAUCAAGGCCGCAAAGAGUGCACGUGACCUUGACCUGAGAGAUGGUGCCUGCUCAGUUCCGGGUGUUAAUGAGAACGUAGGGCAAAGUGUGUGGGAGAUAUCUGAAAGCCACUUUAAGUACCCAAUUGUGGAGCAGUAUUUGAAGACCAAAAAAAACUCUAAUAGUUUAAUUGUCAAGUACAUCAGCUGCCGGCUUCUAAUUCUCACGAUUCUCCUGCUGGCAUGUGUCUACCUGGGCUAUUACUUCAGCCUCUCUUCACUCUCAGAUGAGUUUGUCUGCAGCAUCAAAUCAGGGAUCCUGAGAAACGAGAGCACCAUUCCCGAUCAAUUUCAGUGCAAACUCAUUGCAGUCGGAAUUUUCCAGUUGCUCAGCUUCAUCAACCUCGUGGUUUAUGUCCUGCUGGUCCCUGUGGUUGUCUACACACUGUUUGUCCCAUCCCGACAGAAGACAGAUGUUCUCCAAGUCUAUGAAAUCCUGCCCACUUUUGAUGUUCUGCAUUUCAAGUCAGAAGAGUACAAUGACUUGAGCCUCUACAAUCUUUUCUUGGAGGAGAAUAUAAGUGAACUCAAGUCAUACAAGUGUCUUAAGGUCCUGGAGAAUAUUAAAAGCAGUGGCCAGGGGAUUGACCCAAUGCUACUCCUGACUAACCUCGGCAUGAUCAAGAUGGAUAUUGUUGAUGGCAAAACUCCCAUGUCUGCAGAGAAGAUGGGAGCAGAGCAGGGGAGCCAGAUGACAGAGCUCAAAGAUUUGAACAUACACAGUGAAACUAAAGCAAAUAACGGAGAGAAGAAUGCUCGACAGAGACUUCUGGAUCCUUCUUGUUGAUGGAUCCUUUUUUCUUGAACAUCAGAUUUGUGACUUCUGUGAUGUGGGAUUCAUUUUGGCUAAAGCAUCCCUGUUGGGUUCACAGCUGGUUUGCAGUAAAUGGUUCUUGGUAGAGAUAUUGAGCCUCUCUUAUUGAGUCCCUAAUGAAAAUGAUGGUCAAUAAAAUGUUAUGGAAGAAUGGUUUGUGAACUUCCUACAAGAAGCAACGUGGAGAUAAGUAAACUGCAGCAAGUAUAUAUGUGCAAGUCCUCAUCGUGUGAAAAGUAGAAAGAUUGGUAAGACUAGUCAAGAGUUAUAGCCCUUCUAAAGAACCUCGGAGAAACACUUUGCUGUACCCAUCAUGCGACGAGACCUAGAGCUACUGGAAAGCAAGCACUAUGGGAAAUUUUUGUUGUUUUGUGAAAUAAUAAUAAACAUGCCAGGAUGUAAUUUAAUAUGAACCUCUUCUGUGCCCUUCAUGACUGUUGGAUGAGAAAAACAUUCUCUGGCUAGCCAUGGACCCAUAGGUGGACCUGUUCUUGGCAGUGUCCUAAACUGGGUGUAAAUCUGGUGCCUUGGCUCUUGUACACUAAUGCUAUCUUUACAGUGUUACUUGUCAACCUUGGCUGAUUGAAAUCCUCUAACCACUAUGUGUUGCACUGUGCUCAAGGGCAGCAGGCCCAAGCCAUGCUCUGACAGAAAACUCAAAUUAACGAGUUAGAAUGUAAAGGAUAGAAAGUUUAGACCAGGGUGACUUCAGGAGAGAAUGCUUCAAAAGAACCCAGUGGGGAAAUCUGAACUCACAGAACUUAAUUCAGUCACUCUAAAGGAGGUUGUCUACAGGGUGUUCCUGUUAUCAAAGGCACUUGAAAUAGGACUUUUACUUAAACAAAUUAACAGAACAGGGGAAUGUUUAAAGUGAGGGACACAUUGCCUAAAAUGAUCAGAGUGCGUAAAUGACAUUUACCAUGUGAUGAACUUGGAGCCGGAACAACUUAGCGUUUAUUUUGUUUAUAUUUAAACAAAAUAAAGCCUCUGUAUUAUAUUUAAGCAUAUCUUCUAAAAAUUCAUUUUGAUUUAUACAAUGUCAGAAUCAAGAUUUUUAGGGAGGAACAUUCUAAAAUUGGCGAAUUAUAGAAUAAAUACUACAAAUGUAUGGAUAAGACAAACGCAAGCAUUUUCUCAUUAACAUUUAAGGCUGGCCCAGAGUAUGUUAGAAACCAUUCUCAGUUCUGAUGAUGUAAAUAGAUCCUAUGUUCACAUUUUGUACAAAAAAUCUUUAGCAUCUGUGGACCUCCCCAUUUUUAUUAGCAGAUAGUUAGCACAUUGAGUAAUCCUUAGGAACCUCGAUGUUUACUUUUGGCUCUUAGGGACACUUGUUUACUUAAUCUAAUUACUAUUUUGUGAAGAACAAGUCCUAUAAGCUGUUUUCUGCCUUUCAGAAUAUUCAGAAAAGCAGAUUUUAUUUGUGCUUCUAUGAUAAUUUCUGAGAUGGAAAGCUAAUGAUAAAUAGCAAGGAUGCAAUCAGUGUUUUAAAUUAUUCUCUAUUGCAUGAUAUUUAUUACUGCUGAAUUAUAGUGUGACUUGGAAAUGGCAGUCACCUAAAUGAUUUUGCUACAUUUUUACUUCACAGUGUCUGAGAUAUUUCAUCACAAUUCUCUACACUGGUUUCUUUUGAAGAUUUGAAAAGAUUUUUGAAAUAUUUUUUAGGAUUUUUUUUUUUUAAAACUUCAUCUCUAUUGACUACUGUCUUAGUCUCUUUUCUCUCGCUACCACUGAAUUCCUGAGACUCGAUAAGUUAUAAAGAAAAUAAAUUUACUUUUAUAGUCCUGAAGGCUGGGAUGUCCAAGAUUGAGGGGUUGCAUCUGGUGAGGGCCUUCUUGCUGGUAGGGACUCGGCAGAGUCCUGAGGCAGUGCAGGGCAUCACAUGGCAAGGGGGCUCACAAGAGAUGUAUAAACUGGUCUUUUGUAACAGACCCACUCUUGUGAUAACCCAGUAAUCCAUUAAUUCAUAAAUGGAUUGAUCCAUUCAAGAGUGCAGAGCCCUCAUGACCCAGUCACCUCCCAAAGUUCCCACCUCUCAACAUUGCUGCAUUGGGGACCAAGUUUCCAACACAUGAAUUUUGGGGGGACAUAUGCAAACCAUAGCAACUACCCCUAAUUUGUAGUUUGAAGUGGUAAAAAUGGAUAUUUUAUUUUAGGAGACCAGGAAUUCUCCAGGCCCCACUACAUUUAAUCCUUUUUUUUAGAGUUAGUGUAACUGGUGUCCUUGGCUUCUGUUUUGGUUCAUUUUCCCAUUCCCACUCUCUAAGCUCCAGUAGGGUCUGUGAUGUCUCAGGUAUCGUUCCAGGCACUGGCCAUGCGGAUAUGAAUAGGCAGGUCCAAUCUUUGAGGAGUUUAGAAUCUCGUACAAGGCGGCAGAGAGAGAGGCAAGUACUAAGAGGAAAAUGAGUAGCUCAAUAAUAGGCCCUGCAGGAAAACCAGUAAAUCCUCUAUGUUCUCGUGGGAUGCCAUGUCCCUUUUUCUCUCUCCCAUAAUUUCCAUAGCUGAUGAUUUUGAGAGUCUAAUUAUAAUUUUUUCUAGCGGUAGAUGACCCUCUUAAGGCAUUUUAGCCAUAAAUUCUCUAUGUUGAAAUUUGGGCAAAACAGUAACAGGGACAGUGAUUUUGAACAGUAAGGGUUCCAAUUGCCUUUUGUACCCUCCCUUGUAUGGGUAGAGAGAACAAGCCUGCGGGCUGGGUGCAUGAAGUUGCUAAUGAAUACCAGUUGUGGCUCUAAAAGGUUGCUAUGGAUGCCUAGUGAUAUAUUUUGGCUUGGAAAAAAGUAUUAUUAGGAAAAUUAACUCAUCUACCCACUGUGAGUUGCUGACUUGGAGGACUACUUUUGAGGAGCCGAUUUCCUGAGGGUGAGGAGGAAUGCUUUCAUAACGCAUUUACUACUUUAUAAAAGGGGACAACCAGAUCCUAAAUGACCACUCCAGGGUUACUGACUUUGUUUCUGUGUUAUGUCUUCCUAGUAAACCACUGUAAGGCUGCUGAGCCAGCCUGGUAACAACAGUGUUGCAGCUGAGGAUGGCACAGAUCAUUCUGAAAGUUCACCAAGGGGCAAGCAGAGACUCCAGUGUGGAGGUUCUUAAAAUUCGGGGGGCUACAAACCCCUUUGCAGAUAUUUUUUUAAAGCUAUGGACCCUAUCCUCGGAUAUACACACAACGUUGUGAACGCAUCUUCAGAGGUCAUCAUAGCCCAUGCAUCUGAGGUUAAGAAGCUAUGCUCCAGCAGAGGAAGAGCAAGCCACACCAUCGAGAAUGGGGCUCCCUUUGCUCUUGAAAAAACUGCUUCUGCCAACAAGACUCAGCUGCAUGCUUAAUUAAGUCAUGUUUGUGUACUUUUGAGUGAACUGCACCUUUUGAGUAUUUUCUAGAGUCAGGCUGCACUAGGUCAAUUAAAGAGUAAGUGGGCAGCAGCGGGCCUGGAGUGACCAGGCAGUCCACCUUGGCCACAAGGCAUUAUCUUCUUCAGAUUCAAUUAAUUGUCCUUGCUCAGCCUCACUGGAAUGUGGGGAGGAUGAGCAUAACACUUAAAAAAAUGCUUUGUCCUACUUUAUAGUUGUACUGUGAGAAAGCUAGAAACUUCCAACUGUAUGGUGGGUCUGGUCUGCAUGUUUAUGUGUCUUCUGUGAAAACUACCUGUUUAUCUGCAUUCCUCUCCUAUCCGAGAGUGAGCUCAGGUGGGGUGGCAGGCCACUGUGGUCUGGGAGAUUUAGUUCAGCUGUAAGAGGAGGAUUGUUAUACUCCUUUAAAAGUGUGCUCAUGUUUCGUUUAUUUGGCUUAUUGUCCAUCUAGGGUAAACAAGAUUCAUGAGGAUGGGAGUUUUUAUCCACUGCAGUAUUGCAGGCUCCUAAAACAGUGACUGGUGUGUACUAGGCAUUGUGUAAAUACUUGUUGAAAGAAUGAACAAACUGUUAGGAUAAAUCCUGGUUUGUUGUCAAGUGGUGAUUGAAUAUUAAAAGGCAAAUGGUCCUCUGCAGGAGAGGGGGAGAGGAGGCCCAUCUAGCCUCUUAGUAGAGAGAGGAAUGUUUCUGCAAAUGACUACGUUUCCACAUUAAGUAGUGACAGUCUAUAGUUUUUAUUGUGGAGUGAGUUGGGACCACUUUCCAAGUUCAUUACAAGUUCAACAUUGCCUCUCACUGAUUAAGGAAAUUGAAGUUUUAAAGGGCUUGGUCGCAGUAAUUCCCCAGAAUAAACCUCUUGAAAGGGGUUGUUGAUUGAAAUGUGCAAUUACCAGUAAUUGAGGUUUUAUCUGAGGACAUUGAGAUAAAAUGGCUCAUUUUGGGCAAUCGUUGGCAUUUUGGCCCUAUUUUUCACAAGUAAAGUAAAAACCUUUUAAAAAGAUUGACAAAGAUGAUGUUGUGUCAUUUGUUGAAUAUAAUAGAUGUUAAUUAAUGGUUGGUUUUUCUGCCUGCUUUAAAUGAAAUGUAUUGUUUCUGGAUUCUCCUUUAGCUGUAGAAAUACUUUGUCACUAAAGCAUGUGGUGUGAUCAGUGAUUGUUCUUCAAGUUCCUGAAAGUUACAGAAGUUUCUAAUGCUGCCAGUGCUUUUUUCCCUGCCCACCAGAGGAGAAAAAUCCUUGUAGAAUUCUAGUGUUCCAAGUGUUACUCACAAAAAUUGAAACCGUCAGCUCCUCUUUAAACAAGUUGGCUUUUAAAAAGCACCAUAAUUACAAUUUAAUGGUAUUCUGUGAAGUGGUGCUCUAGGCGUAAUUUCAGUUCUGUUUAAUGAGUAAAUUUCUUCACAACUUUUAAAGAAAAAUAUGUGUGUUCUUUUUGCUCUGUCACUUGGCGAGAAUGCUGCCAACAGAAGAAUGACUUUAAAAAUUAAGACCAUCUUGGUUUCUAGUCCACAAAGAUCCCAAGAUGAGAACAAAUCACGGUGUUAGAAAAUGGUCCUUAAAAAGACACAAGAAACCUGAAAGCUCUGCAUUUUGCUUGUUAUCACUAUUCUACAUCAUAGUUCCAUGUAAGUCACUUGGCCAAGCUCUUCACCUGGUCACGCUAACUUCCAUUUAAAGAGGGGUGGAAAGCCAAAAGUCAAGGCUGCUGUGUCUGUAGAUAAAGGUGAAACAAUGUUUUAGAUUUGCACUGUUUUGUCCAGCUAAAUAAAACUUCUCUGAGUGAUGAAAAA